CCGAAAGUACAAAAACUGGAACACAAACAUGUAUUAAUGUACAUGUAGGGACCAAAGUUCACAAGAUUAUGUUAGAUAUUGAAUUCAUCAUGGGUAACACGUUUGCAAAGGCUGCUGGUAUUGACUUUGGAAUCCAGUGGUCACUUUGGGCGCUUGCUUCACUAUUGCAGACGGAGAAGUUUUAUGACUUAGCAGGGUCCGGUACAUUCUUCUACCUUGCUUACCAAAGCUUGCAAUGGGGCAAAACAUUCUACACGAGACAGAAGGUCACUUCUGGUAUGGUGAUGGCGUGGGCGGCAAGGCUUGGAUUGUUCUUGUUCACUCGUGUACUGAAGGAAGGCAAGGAUAGUCGGUUUAACGGUGUCAGAGGAAACCCUGGUCGGUUCUGGGUAUACUGGACCAUUCAAGGUUUGUGGAUAUUUGUGACAUUGCUUCCGGUGCUGGUCCUGAACAACAAGAAAGAAGACAAGCCUCUGACCUACAGAGACUAUGCUGGCUGGGGCCUCUGGACGCUUGGUUUCCUGUUUGAGUCAAUAGCAGAUUACCAGAAGUCAGCAUUUAAAGCCAACCCAGACAAUGCGGGCAAAUUUAUUACCUCAGGGCUAUGGAGCACAUCGCGAUAUCCAAACUACUUCGGGGAAAUUUGCAUGUGGUCAGGUCUCUUUCUCACCUCAUCAUCUGCUAUGACAUCAGCAAAAGAGUAUGCCAGUGUGCUAUCGCCACUGUUUGUGACAUUUUUACUGCUUAAAGUCAGCGGUGUUCCGAUUCAAGAGAAGCAGCAAGCAAAACGAUGGGGAACAAAUCCAGACUUUAUCAAAUACGUCAAAAACACAGCGAAGUUGAUUCCAUUUAUCUGGUGAAUAAUCAUCUGAAAUACAUAUACUUAGAAGUAGUCUUAUAUUUUAUGUAUUAUGUGUUUCAAGGUGCUAUUUGAUUAUUAUUGUGUGUUUCUUUACAUUAAUUCUUUAAUCAGAUUUCAUAAUUAUUUGGUAGUGAAUAUCAUAUAAGUAUGUUACUAUCACAUAAGGUAUGGGAAAUAUGUAGUUUUGUAUUUGAUUUGAUAGUAUUAGAUUUGUAUAAUAAAAUUGAUGAAAAAAUGCCUGUAUACUUCAGAUUCCAUUUAGAGUGAACUUUCAACUUAUGAAAUAUAGUUAAGCAGCUGUCCACAUUUUUUUUAUGGUCUCACAGGAACACGUCUUUCAUAUUUUACAAAUAGGAAAAAUAUCUUCCCUAUAUUAUAAUAUUGUCACGUAUUAACAGUGUUGAUGUACAACUGCACUCAUGAUAUCUAAUAUGUGAAAUAAAUGACCAAAUCGUAAUAUUAUUAUAGUUUGCAUAUUGUCUCUUUUUUAUCAACUGAAAUCAGACAUAAACAACUAAUCUUGCAAUAUCUAAAGGCUGCAGUCAUUGAAGGCCAAAAAAAACAACUUGUUUGUUCCUUUUCUGCUGUUAAGACCCUUUCAAACGAGACCGAAAUGAUGUCACCGCUCACCAGGCAUAGGAAGAGCACAUAUUGUGGGUCAGAUACCUUAACAUGGUACAUCCCAAAAAAUAUGGUUAUCUACAAUUAUAUAAAACUUUCAUAAUUUGUUACACAUUAUAUUCUGGCUAGUAGACUCAUUAAAACGAGUUC